UCCUCCUCCUCCCCAAGUCAAGCUCCACUCUCAAUCCCAAGUAAAUCUUCAAUCGCCAUAUUGGGUCUGAGAAGGUUUGUCUGCACUUUUUCUCUCAGCGCGGACGAACAUUUUUUGACAGAGCUCGCGCUCUCUCUCUCGCUCUGUCGGUUCCCCCCUCGUGCACUUUUUUUUUUUUUUUUUUUUUGUGUGUGUGUGUGUGUUUUUUUUUUUUUUUUUUUGAUGCCCUCGCGGAGACAACCCGGAGCCUGACGACACCGCGGCCGUUACCGUCUCCAGCUCGACGUAUGCAUGGCAUAACGCGUUUUUACGCUUGUUUUGGAUCUUGCUCGGCGACAAGGAGAUACCCGUUUGUUUUUUCUUUCUUUUUAUUCUCGUGAAAAGGAAAAAUAAAAAAAAAACCUGGACGCUCCGGGCGCUGUUUCUGUUUUUGAGAAAAUAAAUUCUCCACCGGGGUGGGAAAAAUGUCAGAUGUUCGGUUAUCAAACGGGAGCCCGACGCUGGAGCGCACGGACCAGCAGCGGGUGUCCGAUCACCCGAAACCGUCCGCCUGCAGGAGCCUGUUCGGCUCGGUGGAUCACGAAGAGUUAAACAGGGAUUUAAAGGGACAUUUGCGGGAGAUGGAAGAGGCUGCCUCCGCCAAGUGGGGCUUCGACUUCGCCAAUCACAAGCCGCUGUCCAACGGGAGGCUCGAGUGGGAAUUAGUGGAUUGCAGAGACGUGCCGGAUUUCUACAACGGGCAAACGCGCAGGGGGGAGAACAAGAAGAAGCAGAUGAAGCAGAAGAAGAAGGGCGUCUGCUCUGCUGGGAAUAACAAUGUGGAUCUAAACGGGAAUCAUAGCUGUGUGGUGGUGACACCGAGCGAAGACAGCGGCAGGUCUGACGCGCAGAUGGAGUGCACGGAGCAGUGCACCGGGCUGAGGAAAAGACCUGCAUGCCACGACACCUCGGCUCAGACUAAGAGGUCACACACCAGCAGCAGCAGCUCAGAUGAGGUUAGUUGUCCGAACCUGAACCACUCUGCAGAACACACACCCAGAAAGACGAGUCCCAAGAGGCAGACGUGAGGACGAGACAACGAGCCGAAGAUGUAUCCCCCACCCCCAUCCCACCCCCCCCUUUUUCUUUUUGUACGUGGGGAAACCUCAGUGUUAGCCGAAUAUAUUUUCUUUUUUUUUUUUUUUUUUUUUGGAAGAGGAACUACACAGCAUCAGAAACAUAUCAGCUCUCCUGAAGACGGGGGAGGACGCUGUUGAAGCACUGAAUAGAAACACUAAAGUUUGUGGCACUCAAUUUAAAAAAAAAAAAAAAAAAGUUAAAAAAAAAAAAGUUACUGCCUCUAAAAGCAGUCGAUGUAGCAGUGUGCAAUUAGGUUUGAUUUCCUUUUUUGCUCCUUCUUUUCUUUCUUUUUUUUUUUUUUUACUACCUGUGUGUAAAUAAAUAUACAUAUUAUUAUAUUAUUAUUUCUCUCCAUAUGUAGCACAUAAGAAAAACAUUAUGAUUUGAACACAGAUCCUUUUAUGUAAAAAGGUGUGACUUUUUGAUUUGACUUGAAGAAUUUGCAGUGUAGUUUGAUACAUGUUUUCCAAAAUGCUGUUUUCUGUUUGUUGUUUAUUCUGUUUUUUUCUGAAAAAAGGCAGUGUGACUCUUUGACAAAGUCCCUAAUUGCUACAUUUUUUUAAAAACACACACACACACAGACAAAAAAAUAAAAUAAUCAUGGCUUCUUAUAGUUUCUUAACAGUGUAUCUUCACUCCGUCAUCUUCCUAACUCAGCAGUGAAGAACGGUACAAAUGUAGCUCAUCUGUUUAGUUUUUUUAUUAUUAUUAUUUUUCCUUCCUCUGGUCAUUUCAGUGUCACCAAGUGCAGGUUCUCUAAGAAGAUCUAUUUCCCCAGGAAAUCAACACAGGAAAAAAAAAAAAGUAAUAUUUCUGGUCGGACUUCCUUUUUUAUACCACCCGAUAUUUAUUUUUGUGAUAGGUGCGGUUGGCAUCAGUCGAAUCCUGGAAUAUGAUCUGUUUUUUAUUUCUCAAGUUCUCCUGCACACUUCAGCCACAUUGUUAAUGGUGUUUUUUUAAUUUGUCAUAUUUUUUUUUUCCCUCUGGAGUUGUGAGGUACUCAGAUAUUGAAGGACAAAGACCAUACAAACUGCACAGGUUGUGUAAAAAGUCAUCCUCUCUUUGACUGUGUUAUUCCUUUUCGGUUUCAUCUUUUCAGACAGAGAGGAGGUUUUUCUGAAAUAUUCAAAAAGAAAAAAAAAACAAAUAAAAAGGUUGAAUGUCCUACAAUACCAAAUACAUGGUUGCUUCAAAAGUAUGGUUGCUGGCACCGCCUGUGCUCCUUAAUUGACUUCACAUCGUAUUACUUUGUGAUAACCUUUUGAGUUAAAUUUCCAUGUUAUGUUUUUGUAUUUUUUUUUUUUCCUUUCACCGAUGUUGUUAGCCUGCUGAGGAUGCAAAUGUGAGCAUCUAAAAGCUUCCCUUUAUUUGCCUAAAGUGUAGGUUAUAUUCAAAGAGACCAGUGUACACCUGGAUGGAGAGAAGAGAGAAAGAGAGAGAGAGAGAGAAAAACCAGCUUGUCUCAGAAAUGCAGUCACCAUGCCUGUGUAUUUGUGUAAAUCUUUGCAAUGUACCUAUGUACAUAAUUUUGUAAAAACACUGAGAAAUUAUACUAACUUAUUUAUGUCAAGCUUUUUU